AUGACGUUUGCCGAGGAGAAGACUUUCGAGUACAUCCGCCGCAAUUACCGCAAGUUUCACCAUAUUCCUGUUCUGGAGAUUCUGCCUUACUUGUCUUGCCUCACAACCAGUGACCAGGACCUACUGCGGGCCCACCUGGAUCUCAAUGGGAACCGGAACACCAUUUGGGAUCUCUUCAACAGCCUCCAGCGGCGCAGUGGCUGGGUGGAGUCCCUCAUCUGGGCGCUGAGGGCCUGCGAGCUGGCUGCUCUCGCUGACGAAGUGGACCGCGUCUAUCAGAGCAACCUGCCCAUGAGCCAGAGACGCCCCCAGGCCCCACCGGAGCCGCCGUCAGUUCCUGCUGAGACACCAGGGCCCCCCACACCCGCUGUGGCUCCCAGUGCCUCUCACAAUAGCUACAGAGAAGAGCCAAGUUACCCCAUGCCAGUCCAGGACACCCAGUCGCCAGUGUCCCCGGGAGAGAAUUCAAAGAAGUUCCCACCGACAGCCAGCUCUGGGGCUGACCUGAAGAGACCCACUGGCCCCCAGGAGCCCUCCUCUGACAUGGCGUCCUUCAGCCCUCUGACAUCCAGUGGGCCUCAAGAGCAGGAAGUAGAACUGGGCAGUACCCACGUAGCAGACAAUGUCUCCAGCAUGACAUCAUCCCAUGGGCCUGUCUCUCCAACUGCCUCCUUCCAGCCCCUGGCCCGUUCUACCCCCCGGGCAAGCCGCUUGCCUGGACCUGCAGUGUCAGCUCCGUCUACUGGCACCUUCUCCUCCUCUGCAAGGGGUGCUGAAUCGACUGCCUGCUCCAGUGGAGUAGCGGUACCCACCAACUCUGUGACCACCAGCACAGCACCUUCCAAGGUGCCCCGCCACUCAGCACUUACCAGCACAGUGCCUUCCAAGUUGCCCACCAGCUCGAAGACCCCUGGUAUAAUGUCCUCUAAUGUGCCCACCAGCCUAGCACCUUCCAAGUUGCCUGUCAGCUCAACACCUGCUGGCACAGUGUCACCCAAGGUACCUACUGGCGUGGUGCCUGACCACAGGAUGCCCACGAGCCCGGUGUCCAGCAAGGUGCCUGCCACCACAGCACCCACCAUCAGGAGUAGCAGCAGACCCUCGGAGCAGAUGCCAGUGUCUCCAGCACCCACAAGUGCACCUGCUAGGAGCAGCUCACCUUAUGCAGACAGCAGUUCCAACAGCUGGGUCUCAGGGCCAGAGCUGAGCAAGCCAGGCGGGCUGUCUUCCCAGAUGGAAAGCCAGCCGUUCUCCGGCUGCUCCAUGGAUCUCGCCAUCAGUAGCGACACGGAGCCAGGACCUAACAACGCCCCGGAGGAGAACGAGUACACGUCAGCGGACAUCGUUAGGGUCAUCCAUAUCACUGAGGGUCCCAGUGCUGACCUCCUGGCAGGCAAUCCCGGGCUUCACAAUGCCACCCAGCUCACAGAAGAGAAGGAAUUGCCUUGUGAUGGGCCGGCUCAGAGGGCUCCGUGGCUUGGGAUGGCUGCUGUUGGGGUGCUCCUGGCCACAGUCCUAGGAGUUGUGCUGUACCGGCGGCGCCUACACCAAUGA